AUGUGGGUUGAGUGUAUACUCUCAAUCUGUGAAGGUGUUUUGAUGGUUGAGUGUAUACUCCCAAUCUUUGAAGGUGUUUUGCCAGGCAAUCCGUCCGUCGGCAACGGCUUCGAUUCCUGGCCAGUCGGUUAUAUCGGAGAGUGCCAACUGUUCUCCUUUGUUCGAGCUUUAAUCGGCUAUGUCGGAGAGUGCCACUGUUUCUCCUUUGUUCGAGCUUUAAUUUCGUUGCACAUUGAGCCUGAUAUUGAUCCUUAUUUGACACUGAUAGCAAUGAAUGGACCUCCUGAUGUAGCCCCCAUUUCCCAAGAUCUUUACAUCCCAAAUGAAACUUCAGUUGGGAGUGUUCCGGUUCAAUCUGUUUGUGCAUCGAUUCCCCCACCACCUAGACCCACAUCCAGUCCCUCAGCCCUUCUUCUUGCAGCUUCACAACAGUCUAACACUUUCCACCCUCUCCAACAGCCUAUCCAUUCCAUCCCACCAGAAGAACCGAUGUCCAUUGACCAUAUUCCAACUCCCGCUCCAAUUACCGAACUUCCUCCUGAUCCAAUUGAAGAUUCCGCUAUGGCACAACUCCUCGAGUCUGUUGAUUGUAUUGAGAGACCGCCUGAACCAUUAACCGAAGGCCUAGAUAAUCGUGAUAAAUUCAUUCCAACAGAGUCAAAAGUCGAACCUAUGGAAAUUUCAACAGACACUCUAGAUGCCCCUCUCUCCAAACAGUCUUUAGACAACCUUGAUCUCCCUAAUCCUUCCCCACCUAUUGUUACCUCUGCAGUUCUCGCAGUUCCAACCUCGAGUCAUUUAGAGUCUAGAGAAAGUUCAGUGAAAUCUGCCAAUGAAAUAGUAGAAAAGCCACCACUUCCACCUUCGGUGCCAUCGUCGGUGACUCCCACAAUCAUACCUUCUCCUGUUCGAGCGGCUAGUAAGAGGAAAAGUGCCUUUUCAUUUCUGGAUAUGAUUAAAGCGUACGCAGAUACUUUGCAACCCGUGGAUUGUGUGAUUCUAAUGGAACGCUGUGCACCGUUUUCUGGUGGUACUAAAUUUAUGGAAUACUUUAAAUCGGAGUAUCUGUCGAAAAUACUUUGUGAUUUGAAUGGUGGCCCGCCCGUAGAUACAGAAUUCGGACGGGAUCCAUAUACUAACCUCUAUUCCCUUCAUACGUUUGAUUGGCGUAAACCGGAGCCUUCUACACCUCAAGUCAGUGAUACGGCGAUAAUCAAGUCCCUUUAUACCAAAAUCGAAGAGUUGAGACCCCGACCUGUUCCCCCAAUAGCCAUGCAACCGGACGAGGGAACCCCAGUUAUCCCCCUUCUUCGAUCCGCCCUUGCUAUCUUCGAUCACCUCAGCACUUUCAGACGUCGUGCCAUUGGCAAGUGUCAACGCCGUAGGCACUUGAUUCUCAUUUUACGAUCACCUUUAGUCGCUCUGGAUCAACUUGAUGCUGAAGCUGCCGUUCUUUCUGGUGAAAUCAUUGCUGAUAGUGCUUCAGCACCGUCUACCAAUGAUGAUAAAGAGCAUUCUAAUGAUGUCCAAGAUAGUAAAGACGGCGUUUCUGAGAAGGGGUCUAUACCAAAUGGUGUUUUGGCUAGGUUACGAGAACUCCUUGUAGCUGUUAGCAUCUUCUCUCCCAUUGAAGAUAAAGGCUUUCGGAAGUUAGCCAUGCUCUGCAAUAUGCUCAAACCAGAUAUAAGAAGAGAUCAAGAAUGGCCAACAGUGAUAUUUUCGAGAGAGUUAGCACAAAUGUCACUAUCGCAGCGUCCUACCACGACGACGACAGCAGCAACUCAACAGAAUGCUCCCCGCAAAACAGCCGACCCAUCACCGCAAACGAAACGACUCCAACAGCCACCGAGUGGAUACUCGGGUCAACCAAUGGGUGGGGCUGUUAUGGGAAUGGGAAAUAAGGAGCCUUCGCCAAGGCAGUUGUUGCAGCAACCCCUACAAGGUCAUCACCAGGGUGGCCAGCAGCAGAUGAGUCCGUAUAUUAAUCAGCAGCAUCAACAACAGGGACCUCAGGGUGUGAUGCAUCAUUUGGGAGGUGGAAUGGAUCCAUCUGCACCUAAUCAGUAUCAACCAAGGAUGUCAGUUUCCUUCGGCCCAGGCAGCAACUCUAUGAUGACCCCCGUAGGAAGUAAUCAACAUACUCCUCUCCAGCACGGUUCAUAUUCAGGUCCGAAUUCCAUUGAGCCCACAGUUGGUCAUCAGCAACAGAUGCAGCAACAGCAACCGGGUAUGCAGAGAACUCUCUCCAGUGCUUCCGCAGGUCCUGGAAGUGUUCCGGAUACAUUUGGAGGUGGGGGAAAUGUUGGAUUCCAACCCUCACCUGCAAAUCAACCAUCACUGGGUAAUCAGGGCUAUGGACUUGCUCCACCACCCAUGGCAGGGUCAGAGGUUCAGGGUGUGAGACCACCUGUGGUUCCGCAGCAUCAACAGCAAUACUAUUCACCGAUGCCUCCAACACCCUACGAGGGUGAAGGAGCACUAGCCGGUCUUUCUCCAGCAGUUGCUCCAGACCAAUUCCUUCGAGUCAAUUACCCUUCGAACGCCAGUCCUAUGUGUUCCAAUCCCAACAUCAACGCCAGCAUUGGCGAUUCCCAACCACUCCCAACAUCUCUACCUGUCCUCCAAAACCCUUCACCUUCUCAGGCACAACCACAACAGCAAGCCAAACAGCAACAGACACCUCAACACCAGACUCAAUCUCAACCUUCGCCUUACGCUGCUGGCGGUGGCACUCCGCAUUCUAUUGAACAGCAGCAAGGCAGUUUACAGUACCAUAUGAGACAACAUGCGUCUCCAUAUCAAGCGUCACAACAACAACAACAACAGUCACCUAUGGCUGCCGGAAGUCAGAUGUUAGCUGGAGCUCAACAGCAGGCCUACCCUAUGCCGGAGGGGAAUCGAUGCUCUACCUCUGGUAGAGGCUCACCCAUGAACACAAUGCGCACCUCAGGUCAGGGUCAAUCCUCUGGGGGACCACAGGGAACCCCUUCAGCUCAGCAACAACCCCCAACCGGUCGAAUAGGUGGGGCACCCGGAGGUAUGGUUCCCACUGGGGAAGAACGAGCCAUAAUCUGGGAGGGCCAACUUUCUCUCGGAGGCCAAAUAUCUUCCUAUGUUCAGAUCUCAGCUGAUAUAAACGCUCCGCGACUAAGCUAUGUAUGGCAUAAUAACUCUCGACUCGUGAUGCAACUGGAGCAUUUCGAUCGGGAGAGCCACUGGGGACAAAGUUCCGAGAACCAGGCUGCCUUGCUGAGUCGAUUUCAAUGUCCAUCUCCCUCUUCCUUCGCAGUGGCCAUUGUACCUCCCCUGAACAGUUUUGGGCAGAUCCCAUCAGGAUGUAUUGCCUUCAUAUGCCUCCUGUGUGUUGGCGACAACCACCUCGUGGGCCUAGUGCCCAGGAAUGCGGAGACUUUCCGCGAGGAUAUUGUACGCAGACAGAUGCAUCGAAGGCAACAACCUCAACAGGCAAGCCAGCAGCAACAGCAGUAUGACGCGAGUCUAUUGGAAAUGCAAUCUCAACAGAUUCUUCAACAACAGCAGCCCUCGCCAGCAUACAGCGUCAACACACCAUCCAUGCCGAAUACUCCGAAUAAAGGGGUUCGAGCUACCACAGUGACACCCUCGCCAGCAAUGGGCCGAAUUGGAAGUGGUUCCGCAUCUGCUGCCGGUAUGCUACCACAGCAAAGGAUUCCAUCCCAUGGUGGCAUGUUGGUGGAAGAUGUUGCUGACCCCCAGCAGCAACAGCAGUUCAUGAACACCCUCACUACAAAUAUAUAUCCUCAGCAGAUGGCGCCCCAGUCACAGCCCCAAGGUCCGCCGCCCCAACAACAGCAGAUUCAAAGGCAUUCACCCGCGUCUUGGCAACAGCAAGAGCGCCCGCAACCCUCUGUUACACUACCACCGGAGAUGAUGCAACAGCAGCAACAGAGAGCGUAUCAGGCGUAUCAGCAGUCACAGCCGCCACCAAUCAUGUCUGGUGGGCAGCCAUCACAACAACAGCAACAACAUAUCUACCACCAGGGUCCAGGCAUACCAAUGGGCCAAUCAGUGGGCUUCAUACAACAGCAAGCACGAAUGUCCCAAGGUCAGCCACAUCCUCAAGGUGGUUAUCCUGGUGGUGGAAUCCCACAACCUCGACAACAAUUUCGUGAUGUUUCUUCGCGCUUCCAGAGUACAAGCAACCCAGCAGCCGGAAUGGCAUCAGGAAAUCCAGAAUACCAUAAUGCUGCUGCUGCUGCUGCUUCUGCGGUUCCACUCCCACCAGCUUACACGUCGAACCCCAUGUAUGAGAUUUCGCAUGCACAACAGUAUGGUGGGCCGAUGCCAACCCAACAAAGAAUGACAAGUCCGCCCUUUACCAGGCCACCUGGUCCUGCUAUGGGAAUGCGAGGGGCUGCUGGAUAUGUUACACCAGGGGGUCAAAGAAUGACAGCAGCGGGAUAUCCUACCGGUCGUGGUGUCGUAAUGAGUGCCCGUGGUGGAAUGGUAAGAAUGCGAGGAACUGUGCCUGCACAACAGCUUAUGAUGGGUGAAGCACCACCAGGACUUGUAUAUGAUGGGCCCAUAGGAAUAAUUGAACAGCAAGGACAAAUGCAACCCCAACAGGGCGUAUUCGACCCCAAUAUGCAGGCCCAGCCACCGCAGAAUCAACCAAAUUUAUUUGAUUAA